GACCUUAUCAAUCUACUGUACUUCCUUAAUCAAUUGAAUCCUACCCCCCUUUCUUUCUCGUACCCCCUCUCCUUUUGUCAAUUACAAAUACACACCGCUAUACAGCAUGAACCCGGCCCGCUCUGUACAGCGACUGGGUCGCCUUCUUCCUCGCUCUUCCAUUGCGGCCGGUCUUCCCGCGGCGUCGCGCAGCUUCGCCAGCUCCAUUCCGUCGUUAUCCAAGGGUGCGACUUCUCCGCGGGGCUGGACCCCGACGCCGUUCGUCACGGAGACUGUGGGAGGUGGUUGGCACACUUACGACAUCUUCUCUAGACUUCUCAAGGAACGAAUCAUCUGUCUAAACGGCGAAGUCGAAGAGUCCAUGUCCGCAUCGAUCGUCGCGCAGCUCCUCUUUCUCGAAGCCGAUAACCCCCACAAACCCAUCCAUCUGUAUAUCAAUUCGCCCGGAGGAUCAGUCACCGCCGGCCUCGCCAUCUACGACACAAUGUGCUACAUCGCCUCCCCGGUGUCCACGAUCUGCGUCGGCCAAGCGGCCUCCAUGGGCUCGCUACUGCUGUGUGGCGGCCACGCCGGAAAACGGUACUGUCUGCCGCACUCGUCCAUCAUGAUGCACCAGCCGUCCGGGGGGUACUUCGGACAAGCGAGCGACAUCGCGAUCCACGCGAAGGAGAUCCUGCGGGUGCGCGAGCAGCUGAAUAAGAUCUACAAGCGGCAUUUGACGGGGAAGAAGGAGAUGUCGCUGGAAGAGAUCGAGAAGUUGAUGGAGAGGGACUACUUCAUGGGGGCGCAGGAGGCGUUGGAGAUGGGUAUUGUGGACGAGGUUUUGGAUCGGAGGGUGAAGGGGCAGGAUGAGAAGUAGUGAUCGAUUUCGAUUGUUUGUGGGGAAGUCGAGUAUGUGUUUGUGAUUUAUGGUUCAUGGCAUACCCUUAACUUUUUCUUUUCUUUUCUGGUCGUGUUUGUACUACUAUGAUGCCUGUGAUAAGCUUCCAAUCUCACCACAACGAGAGAAUUGGGUCGAGAUUGGGAAAAUAGAUCAUGAUCAUUUAUAUUCGGGUU